UUUAUCUCUUUUGUUCACUAAAUAUCCAACGAAGACAGAAUAAAUAUUGCCAAUAUCGCCAGUAAAUAACAGAAUAUAACUUAGCAUCAGAUACAAUUUUUUAUUAAACAUGAUCGAUCCGUUAUGAAAAAGCAGACGAUACGUGAUAAUGACAAACAACAAUUUAUGCAAAACUCUUGUAAAAAUCGACUGUCGUCACCAAAAUAACAGUAUAGCCAGAAAUUUAGGUUAGGUGUACGAUCCAACUGAUAAUACAUUUUAAUUUAAAACAUGUAGAUACAUGUAACACGCGAGACAGAAUGGAGGAAGAGCGGAAAUUAAUUAUAGCGGCAAGAUUAAAAAUUAAUGUUAAAAUGAUAAGAAGAGGUACUAAUACUUGAAAUAAAGAUUUUUAAGCGACUUACCUUGUAGACGAUGCGAGUGUCUCACGUUAAGUAAUAAUAAAAGCUUUCGAACAUUUGCGGAAAAGUUGCGCCACUCCGGCGAUGGAUCUCAAUGUUGUUUUUGUACAUGGAUCACAUAGAAAAAUCAGGAGAUAAAGAUUUUGUAAUUGCGUCUGAUAAAUGUGAUUUUAUUCUCACUGAUGAUAUAUCUUUUACCGAUGAACAUAAAUUUAUAGUGUAAAUGGACCUUGAAUGUUGUACACAAGAUUAGGUUAAGUAAAAUCGGUCGGUGACGGUAAAAUGUUGAAUAUUACUGCGAAGUCGCGUUUAGGCAAACAUUUACGGCAACUUCAGUACAUGUGGCAGCGACCCAAAGAAUAUGGAACAACGAUCGAUUCAACCAGAGCGAGUCAAGAAGCCAGACAGAGGGAAAUCAUGGCACGUGGUCUACCGAAACGAAAACGGAUAAAAGAUGUUAAACAGAUUCUCCUGGUAGCCUCUGGCAAGGGUGGUGUUGGCAAAUCGACGACCGCUGUAAACCUGGCAACCGCUCUGAAGAUCGUAGAGCCAGGAAAAUCCAUUGGAUUGCUGGACGCUGACGUUUUUGGGCCUUCUGUGCCCCUGAUGAUGAACAUACACGAAUCGCCCAUGGUAAAUCAGGAGAAUCUCAUGGAGCCUCUUGUAAAUUACGGUGUAAAAUGCAUGUCCAUGGGAUUCUUGAUUGGCGAGGCAUCGCCAGUAGUUUGGAGAGGACUGAUGGUCAUGAGCGCGUUGGACAAGCUGAUCAAUCAGGUGGCAUGGGGGCCGCUCGAUUAUCUGAUAAUCGACACGCCUCCCGGCACUGGGGACACGCAUCUCUCUCUCGUUCAGAAUCUCUUCAUCGCCGGUGCGCUCCUGGUGACGACGCCGCAAAAGGUCGCGCUCGAGGUGACCAGAAGAGGCGCGAACAUGUUCAAGAAGCUGGACAUACCCGUUGCUGGCAUCGUGGAGAACAUGAGCACCGUUACGUGCCCAAAGUGCAUGACCGAGAUAUCUCUCUUUGGCAACGCCACGCUAUCGUUGGCCAAGGAACUUGGUGUGGAUAUCCUACAGAGGAUACCAAUGCUCGAGAGCAUUGCGGAGAGUUCGGACAGUGGGAAACCAAUUGUUCUGGCAGCACCGAAGAGUAGGCAGGCAGAAAUUUAUAAGGGGUUGGCGAAAGAUGUUGUUACAUUUUUAAGUAGACAAGAAAUAAAUACGGAGUAAAAGAGAUAGGGAAAAAAUAAAGUGAGAAUUUUAAAUGACUGUUCUAUA